AUGCAGGAGACGCAAGUUGCGUCUCUGGAAGAUCCCCCGUGCUGCGGAGAGACCAGGCAUCUGCGACACGCGUUCCAGAGCCCAUGCUCCACAAAAGAGGCUGCAGAGUCAGACGGAGAAUGUGUAAAAAAACAAGUCACAGGAGUAAAGCAAAAAUUUUUCGUUUAUCAAGUUGAAUAUGCGGGUCAAAACGAAGUUAGAAUUCUUCAUCUGUCACCUGACACUAUAAUAGCAUCUAUUCACAAUGUGGAUGAAGAAGGAAAAGAGACAGUCUUUGUUGCAAUAAUCGGCAAACGUGACCGUAUUUCAAACCUAGACAAUUGGAAGUUCAAAAAGGAGACAGAGGACAGAGGGAUUCCAGAAGAAAAUAUCAUGAAUUUCUCUGAUAAUGAUGACUGUCCAAAGAAGUGAAUAAAAUUUACUUCCACACUUUUUACUUACUGAGACCAGGCACAUCCUCUUCUGCAUGGAAUCAAGAUCAACAACACAAAGAUGACUUUCCUGCUUCCUGAUUAACAGGAUCCUUCUCUCUUCACAUACACACUCUCUUUCCCAUCUCAUUACUCCUGGUCACUGGUCAUGUGCUGUCUGGUGGUAUUUGAUUUCUGAAGGCUUAAAUAAAUUGAUUUAAUAUCUGCCCUGCAAA